UCUCGACAGCAUCAUUCAGAGCGGAGAACAGCUGGCUGCAGCAGGCGGUGCGGUGCGACGCGAGCUCCCGUAACACGGACCACCUACCAACCGGGAGGAAGCAGGCUUAAUCCGCACGAGCGCAGCACAUAGCAACGCACCGCCUCGCUGUCACACUCCGAUUUUCUUUCCACCAGAAACCGGUUCUGUACCUUUGCUGCUCUAUUUACAUUUGCAGCCCAGGAGGUAGGACAAUUUCCUAGAUGUAGGACCGCUCGGCUCAGCGCUGCAACAUCUGGCUGACGUUUGGAGACUCCGUAACCGUGAUCUGCUGCUGCUUCUCUGCUCCCCAGAAUCAUUUAUCGUGUGCCAGAUGGCAUCUGCAGCAGACUCCAGACAUGGACAGAAGGAUGCAUCUGAUCAGAAUUUUGAUUACAUGUUCAAACUCUUGGUCAUUGGGAACAGCAGUGUAGGAAAAACAUCCUUCCUCUUCAGAUACUCGGAUGACACUUUCAACUCUGCCUUUGUUAGCACUGUUGGGAUUGAUUUCAAAGUGAAGACAGUUUACAGGAAUGACAAACGGGUGAAGCUUCAAAUAUGGGACACAGCUGGACAAGAACGAUACAGAACCAUUACAACGGCGUACUACAGGGGAGCAAUGGGAUUCAUUCUCAUGUACGACAUCACAAACGAGGAGUCCUUCAGUGCUGUGCAGGACUGGGCCACACAAAUCAAGACUUUCUCCUGGGACAAUGCUCAGGUAAUCCUUGUUGGAAACAAAUGUGACAUGGAAGAUGAUCGGGUUAUACCAGCAGAAAAUGGGAAGCAACUGGCUGAUCAAUUAGGAUUUGAUUUUUUUGAGGCCAGCGCCAAAGCUAACAUCAAUGUGAAGCAAAUUUUUGAACGUCUCGUGGACAUAAUUUGUGAUAAGAUGUCAGACAGCAUGGACGCUACUCCAUCAACAGUCACUGGCAGCAAGCCUACACGUCUUACAGACAUGGCACCUCCUGUGCAACAGACUUGUUCCUGCUAGAAACCUCUGACCUCAGUGAACUUCACCUUUAACCUUACACCUUUUUAUCCUGACACAGUCCCUUUGUUGCAUGUAGUGCAGAGAUUCCAUGUUCUUAGGAAGCAAUUACUGAUUUCUUCAGAGGCCACAACAAUUAGUUUUGGAAUCAUGUUUAAAAUGUUUAAAAUAUAACUGAUAAAUAUUCUUUGAAGGUGAGUACUUCCUAUAAAAGUGUAUCUAGUGAAACUACAGCAAGAGAGUCAUGAAAAGAAAUAGCUAUUUCAGUCUUUCAAGCUCAUAAUCUUAGCAGUUCUGAAAUGGGAGUAUCAUUAGGAAAUGUUUGUGACAGACCUUUUCAUUAUUGUAAACUUUCACUUUUGAUGAAAUGCUUAUCGAUUUCAAAAUAAUGGUAAAAAGAUCAAAGGAAAGCAAAAUUUGGCAUGCAGUUGUGAAAAAUCAUUAGUAGUAAACAUACAUAUAGAGCUUUAUAAGAGUCCAACAAGAUGAGAUCAGAUGGUGCUUGACAGACUGUGAAACCCGGCACAGACUACAAAUAAUUUGCCUAGACCGCUCUUCUGGUUGUAUCCAUCAGACACAUACCAUUGGCAGAAUGAUUUAACCGCUUUACUUAGACAUUCCAAUUCCAGGUUACUGAAAUUAACCCCCAACCCUACCUUUGGAGGUUCCAUACCUGGGAUGCUUGCAUGCGCUAGUGACGCAGAUCUAGACCUCAGAAACCACACAAGCACUGCUUCCUUAAGAUCAGGAGCCAUCUAUAACUGGAGGUGCUACUUUUAGCAGAGGGUUAUUUUACUGCACUGGGUGCUACAGUUGUAAGCUGUACUUUGUGAAAUGACAAACAAUCCUCUUUACCCCAUGUGCUCAGCAUCUGUUCAGAAAUGUUAUUAAUGUCUCCUAGAUCCAUUCCAGAAAUCUAGUUAUCAUAUGCCCCCAUCUUAUCAAACCUUCUAGAGUUAGGAGUCAAGAAAUUAGUCUUUAAAUGCAUACAUCUUACAGAUUGUCAUAUUAUCAAGAAUUGGGAGGUAUAAACCUAACCUUGUCACUUUGUGCAGUAUAUCUUCCUUAUUGAUGUCUAGUCAGGUUUUUUACUUCUAGUUCUUAAAUUCUGAAUUAUGAUAAUGUGCUUUUAUUUAAAAUUUUCCUGUAGCUGCUAGAAAGAGAUUAUCCAAAAUGUGUUGUAUUUUUUUUUUACAUUUUGAUAAUCAAAAUAGGAAUCCACUGAGCAAACAUAUUGUACAGUCAUACCCCAAAAUAGAUUAUGCUCAUAAGCAUACAAAUGCAUAUUCAGCAGUUGGAAUGAAGUGAAGGGAGCUAUCAUUUCAGAGGCAUUUAAACACAAUUGCAGAUACUUCUUCUGUAGGCAUUUUGCAUCACGCCAUCUUUCACAAUUUUCCAGGAGCAGGAGACAUAGACACUGAUGACUUUGCUGUCAUGGCCGCAGAAUGACUGGAUAAGGAUAACACCUGCAUUGGAGAGCUAAGUACUUGUAGUCCAAAUCUGCUAUAAUUUUAUCCACUAGGUGUGUGUGUGUGUGUGUGUGUGUGUGUGUGUGUGUGUGUGUGUGUGUGUGUGUGUGUGUGUGUAUGUAUGUAUGUAUGUAUGUGUUUAUUGCUUACCGGUACUGCAUUGUAAUGUGUUUGUCUUGCAGGGACUAAUAAAAGUACACCAUCUAAUGUUUAAUGGCCCAUCCUUCUGCUGUUUUUAUCAUAAACAUUCCAUUGUCAGGUAAUGUGCUUUCACUCACACAUUUUAUGUUGCCUUUAGUGGAAUGUAAAUGUAAUAGCACCAUUUUAUGCAGAUUAUGUAGCUAAUGGAUCACAUUUCACUUUCUUUUAAUUAGGAUUAGCUUGCCAAAUUUAAACUGAGAAGUAUAUAAAUAUAUAUGCAUAUAUAUGAAAUGAAUGGUCAACAUGUUAGCUGACCAACACAAAACAGUGACCAUAACAUGCCAAUAAUUCAUUGUAUUGGCAGCUCUGAUUACUGACACAUUUCUUUUUCCAAUGUACUACCCAUAACCUACCACCCAUUCAGUUCAAAUUUGUCUGAAUAGUACUUGUGUUAUGGAGAUGGCUUUGCUAAGGUUAACUGCAAAGUCAGGGGCAGGGUUAGGGUUUGCAUGUAUUACUAAGGUAGAGCAAGGGACAAAUUAAACAGGAUUUUUUCUUAGUAACAGGGUGUACAAAUUCAUUUGAACAACAUAUACUUAUACAACAUCAUUUUCUUGAUGUUUGUAUUUCCUUGACUGACAGUAGCCUGGAUAUGUGUAUAUAUAGAAAAGACACCCAUACAAAUAAAUAUCUUCAUAAAAAAGCAUGCAUGCUAAACACAUUUUUAAAGGUAUUACUAGAAGUCAAUAUAUGCAAGCCAGCAGGCUCAACACAAAAUUGGACUCUUGCAUCAAAUGACUACUGAAUUUUUAGCAAGGGGUUAUAAUACCCAAGAACUCAGUAUGGCUAGAAAUGAUAUAAUGGGUUUGAGGGAUGGAAAAGCCAAACCAUUAUUUUUGAAUGGUACUGAUAGUAAUGUUAUACAACAUGAAAAUAAGGCUACACAACCUCUUAGAUAUCUGAUGACAUAUAGUAGGGCAAGUGAGUCUGUGGAAAGAAUUAUUAGGGAUAAUUGUGAUAUAUUAAAAGCCAUACCUGGCCAUGAGCAAUGGCUCCCCAAAAAACCUGAUUCACAUAUAAGAACUGUGAGAACUUGAAACAACGUUUAUGUUAUAAAGACUUCUCCCUAAAUAAAAAGGAAUGUGUAAAGUAUAAUACCAAAGGUACUGUACCAUGUUAUAAUUGUUCAUGUUGUAUAAGUAUAUGUUGUUCGAAUGAAUUUGUACAUCCUGUUACUAAGAAAAAAAUCCUGUUUAAUUGUAUGGCCACUUGUAAUACAUCUUUUGUUAUAUAUUUGGCUACUUGUACAUCAUGUCUAGGAUUUUAUGUAGGAAAGUCAGCAAGAAGGUUACGUGACAGAAUUAUAGAAUGUAAAUCGGACAUACGUAGGGGUAUAGAGACCAAUUCCCUAGCAAAACAUGUGCAGGAACAAGGUGCCUCCCAUCAGUUUACUUUUAGGGUUAUUGAGUUUUUGCAUCCGCAUAUCAGACAUGGUGACAUUAUUAAUAAACUUGACACAAGAGAGUAUAGCAGGUGACUUUGAAACCUAUUUUAAAGUUUAACCAAAAAAUGGUUAACUAAGGGAUUUUUAGCCUACUUUAUUUGCGACUUCUGUUUUUAUAGUUGUUAUAAUUUUCAUUCAAUCCCUGUGUAAUUAAUUUUUAAUUAAUGUAUUAGUGUGAUAGUAUAGGCUGUGUCACAUGAUUCAACAUUUCUAGUAUAUAAAUGGUUACUGAUUUUAAAGUUUUUUUAAACACUGAAGAAGGACUUGAUGUCUGAAAGCUUUGUUAUCUGUCACUUGGAAUAAAUGGUUCACGUUGUGAA